AUGGAUUCGCCGCCAUCUUUCGCCGGUGACGUUGGUUCGAACGGUCAGAACGUCAGCGACGCCAUCGAAGUGCUUCUGAACCGCAUGAAACAAACUAUUGAAGCCGAGGACGCGGCUGCUAACGAGAUAAUCGAACGCCCUUUCGCGGAUUCUGAAGAAGAAAAAGACGGCUCCUCGACUCUUCUCUCCGACGGCAACGGAGAAGUUCACAAAAAGGCUGAGGAAGAGCCAGUUAUUCCUACAGCUGAUUUCUUGUUCGAACCCGCCGGUUCUUCUGCAAUCACUACACCUGAAGGCACUGAUGUCAAGUCAACUGUCAAAAUAGCUCACAAGGAAGAAGAGGAGUCCGACGAAGAUAGAGCGGAAAAGCUGCGAAUCGUUUCGAAGCUGUUGCAAGCCUCCGAUCAGUCCUUCGACAGUUUGGACAACUUCGUUGGCCAAGAAGUAUCCCACGUGAUGCAGGAAGAUGACAAUCCUAGUGAAGUCAUCGAGAUUCCCGUCGUUUUUGAAGAGAGCAACGAGACACGUCAGCCUGGGAUUGGAUCAGAAGUCUCUGAAAAACGAGAUGGAAACAAUAUCGACGAAGACAUAACAUCUGUCUCCGAAAGAAUCCCUAUUCGCGUCAUGUUUGGAGAUGGAAGCAAUCCAGGAGCAAGUCCAACUGAAUCUUCACAGAAAUUUCUUGAAACACAAGAAGAAAAGGACCUUGAAGGCGACCUUACGUCUGUUUCUGAAAGAGUGCCUAUUGCCGUCGUGUUCGAAGAGGCUAGCAAUCCAGAAGAGAUUUCAACAGAAUCUCUGAACGAUACGGCUCAGCCCCGAGAAGGAAACGACUCCAAGGAGGAGACGUCUGUUUCCGAAAGAGUACCUAUUCCUGUUUUUUUCGAAGAAGCCAGCAAGACAGAACAAGCUCCUGUUGGAUCAUCGCUCGAAGUUUCUGGGAUAAAAGAAGAGGAUAUUCUGGAAGAGGACUCCGCGCCUUUGUCUGAACGAGUAGUUAUUCCUGUCGUUUUUGAAGAGACCGAUUUUUUGGAAAAGAAAGAAGCCGAAAAAUCGUCUUCGCAGGAAAGUGCAGUACACGCCUCAGAAGACGAUGUGUCUGAAAUGUCCGAAAGGAUCCAUAUUCCCAUUGUUUUUGAAGACCAUCCUGAAAACGAAGAUGAAGAUGAAGAAUUUGCUCGUAUUGAAGCUCAAUACGAAAAUCUCGCACCCAGAGAAGAUGAUCAGAACUCUUCGGAUGACGAAGUUUUUGAGGAAGCAGACGUUGACGUGCACCACUCGGAAGACACGAAAUCCUUGAAAUCGAUGUUUGCUGAAGUUGGGAUUUCUGCUGAAGUUGAACCUCUGGAGGCAGAAGAAGAUCCUGAAAAUGCUGUGAUGAAGGAGGAAAAUUCUUCAGAAAAACUGGAAAAUUCAACACUUCCCGAAGAGAGCAGAGAAAAACUUUUCACGCUUGGCUCAAUCGACGAUUCCAACCAAGGCGUUGUAGAAGAUGGCAAACUUUUCCAAAUCGAUUCGUUUGACGACACGCCUAAAGAACAAGGACAAUCUUUAGAAAACGGAGAGGAAGAAACGAUUGAAAACAAAACCACUCUCGCCGCAGAAGAGGCGCUCAAAACUCCGAAAGUUGGUUCCGCAGAGGAGCAGACCUUCAGUUUCCACGAAGUCCCGCAUGUAAAUGACCUUGAUCAAAAAGUCGACGCUUAUGAGUUUUUGGCAGCUGAAAAUGGCGUACAAGAUGAUACCAAGUUUUCCGUCCCGAGUCCGACAACUGAACCAGAAAGCUCUAGUGCUUCUUCUAGCGGAGUAGUCAAAGACAAUACGGACGAAUCUUUUGAAAAACUCUAUGUUGAGCCCCGAAAACUCUCUGAUGCCUUGACCCAAGCUAUCGAUAAAAUGGAGCAAUCAGCUGAAUCUUCUACGCCCUUGCUGAAGUCAGCUGAAGCUCCAGAAACUGCAGAAGAACGCAAAUUUAACUUCCAAGAGACUUCGUCCAAAAAAGAUCUGGAACUACCGGAACUACCAAAUGAAGCAUCCGAGGAAACUUACGAAAAAAUUGUUGUGGAGCCGCAGCAGCUUAAGGAUGUCUCUACAACUGAAGAGCAGCCAGUCGAAACGCCUGCUGAUAUCCUGCAGCUUGAAGCGGAAGAAGAUAGUCAGUCCAAACCGGCGCCAGUUCACCGUGUUCCUUCUGAAGACGACGACGAAGGCCUCGAUUCUAUUGGCGACAUCAGCGAACGCACCGUCCAGCGCUUCAACUCCUCUUGUAGGCAUUUUUUGUAAACUCAAAAAUUUUGGCAUUCUUUAUGAUAGAAGCGGAGCUCAACUUUCCGAUCGAUGUUUUUCCUCGUUACUCGUUUCUUUUUUGAUAUAUUUUUCUUGAUAUGAAGUUUUCAGUCGACUCUGCCGAGCCGCCUCGUAGAGAUUCUUUUUCUUCAAUUACAAGCCUUGCAACUCGCCAACAGUUUCGCACAGCUCUAGACAACCUUCGAGAAGGACUGUUCCCGCUAGAAGAACCAGUAGGUCUUUUUACUUUUAUAUAUUGAAAAAAAAAAAUCUUUUUUGAACCUUGAAGUUCAUAUUAUAGAAUAAUACCAAUAAUUGUGAGUUAUACCGUCAGAAAGGUAGGGGAAGUUCUAUGGAAAUUUUAUUUCUCAAAAUGGAUAAAUAAACUUUGAUCGAAUGAAGAAAGCUUCAGGAGCCGAAAGAAGAGCAAAAGAACAAAACGCCUGUGAUGGACUCUCCGGCCUCCGAUCUUUCUCCGAACGCUCCGCCCACCGGAGAGCAUCGCGAGUUCUACGAAAAACUUAAUGUCAGUGCGGUUCCCUUUAUUGCUCACUUUAGCCCACAUUUGCAGCAUGAAAAUGCUCCACCCACAGAGCAUACUUCAGCUGAAGGGUCACUCGAUUCGAGUGGUUUUGAAAAGGUUUCUUGGCUCAUUAUUUUCUUCGGAGCUGUCCUUAUUUCCUGCAGGUGGAUCACGACACCUUUGCCGAAUACAACGACCUCCACGACGACCCCAUGCAGAAAUCAACUCUCUUUUCUGGAGAUGAUACAGUGAGUUUUCUUCUUUCUUCGCAGCUUUUCCCAAACUCCUUUCUGUGUUUCAUGAACUUGUAUCAAUGUCUGAAUUUUCUGUCUUCGCUUCCGCUCUCGAUUUAAUAUUUUCUUAAUACAACUUCUUUUUUUUAUUUUUCUUUGCCUCGCUCCCACGGCUCGAAACGUCUUCGAAAUUAUCUGACAGCUCGAAAAGAGAAGACAGUCUCGAAAAUAAAGGCAAAUUCCGAACGCUCCCUCUCAAUUUCAAACUUCAUCCUCUUUUUGGAGACCCAGAAGAUGUUGCCAAGAAAUGAGGUAACAGGAGCUGUCGGCUGCUCGAAUUUCAGCACGGGCAUUCUUCUCUCAUUGCAAAAUAAGAAGCUUCGAAUUCCACAUGUUCGGAGCCACAUCUGUCAUUCUACCGGUCUCCGAUGAUUCUUUUCAGGACCGGAAAAUGAAAAGAAAGAGUUUGAAGAUCGUGGUAAGUCUGUGAUCGUUUGCUAUUUGACGGUAAUUCCUCUCAUUUCCUCAAAGGAAUGCUCAUUCUUUCCAAAACACAGCGUGCCAGCUAGAAACAUUUCCGUGUUUGCGUCGACAUGAGUCAUAUCAAGCUAAAACUUUAACGAUAUAUUUGCGCCAUACUAAAAUACGCCGAGCUUUCUCUUCUUUUUUUUCUUUUUCGUCGCUAGCAAGAUGGGUACAGCCGAGUCCAAGUCGAUGAGUGAAACUCAAGCCGAGGCUAAUCAAAAAACCCUGGUUUGUUUUUCAUUAUUAUUACUGAACUUCAUUUUACUCAAACUUCUUUAACUUGGCUUUUCUAUUCUAGACUAUUUUCUCUGCUACAUCAACCAAUGGCGUUUUGGAAUUGAACGCGUUUGUAUUCGACAUGGCUAGCCAUUAUGAUGAUAAUGUACGAGUUUCAACUCAUUUUCUGGUCGACUCGGGAUCUUUAUGUUUUUGAAUGGGGAUAUCUGUUCCAAGCCCACAGAACCUUGCAAAAAAAUUCUUUUUCCACUCUGGAAUGAAAUUCAAAAAGUUCAAUAAACUUGAAAAAAAUUUUUAUUCAACCUUUUGCUCUUUUGAAUAUUCUUUUUUUUUUCAACUAGAGAUAUUUUGAGUUGCAAAAUCAUUUAUUCGUUUUUGCUCAAUUAUUCUAUCUUUUUUUCGAUAUUUUUUCGUAUGUCACAAAUUUAAUUUUUUGCAAAAUCAAUUUACUGACGUAAGUCAAUAUUUUUCACGGUCCUGUGCCUUCGGAAUAUUAGUGAAAAAGGGGUUUAAGUGAAUUUUGACGGAAUAGGACAUUUACCUUUGCAUGUAUCGGUGUGCCUUUUUGCAUGUUUGCUUCUUUUCCCUGAACAUAUUUGUUUUUACCGAAACUGUUGUGUAUUUUAGAACUUCAAAAUUUAAAAAAUGGGGGUUUCUGUGGUUUUUAUAAACAACAAAAAUCAUGCAUGAAGCGCUAGAAAUCAAAAAAAAAACAGAAACAACCGCGAGGGAUGCCGACGACGACACUGAAACCAGGCGAUCGUGUCGAUGAACUCAACUACGACGACGGCUUUCUCCUCGUCGACAUGGCCGCCGAGGAAAGGAAGAGAAGCGACGCCCGUGAACUUCCUCGGACUCCUGCCGAACUCGACCGCGUUCCUCCCUCACAGGCAUGCUCUUUUUCGUCAUUCCUUGAAUUAUGAUUUUUUUUUUUGUGGUGGUGGUUGUGAUUGUGUGAUGGAAUUCGGUUUUUGACAUAAGAACAAAGAAAAAAAAUACACAAAUUUUUUUAAAAGUUCUUUAAAAUAGUUCUAAUAGGUGUGAAAAAUCUGAUUUCGUAUCUUUAGGAGCUAAAGUUUAUUCACUUUCGUAUUUUAAAAAAUUUAAAUAAAUUUGAAGAGUAUGACCUUGAAAGCAAAGUGGUGAAUAAAAAAUAAAGAGAAAACCAGCAUGUUGGCAGUGCAUAAGCGAAUCGAGAAAUGGUAUCACGACUCUUCCGGAGGUAUAUCGAAGGGUCUGAGCUCUAUCGAUGAUAUCACGAGUGUACCUCUGACGACUUCAAGUGAAUGAGAUAGACUUGAGAUAUACUUUAAAGGACUGGAAGGAUUCUGGAGGUCUCACGAUGGAAACAUUAUGGGAUAAUGAUGAUCCAUUUUGAGUGUUGUGCCACGACUUGAAAUUUCAUGGAACGACACUCCGCUGCGUGGCCGUGAAAGCGUUUCAGCUUUUGCGAAUCUCGGUCCGCUUUCACAAGCAAAAAAAGUGAAACAGUGAACAUUUUCUUAUUUAUCUUUAUUAUAUGUUGUUUUACAAAAUUUUCAAUAAGUUUAUUUCAAAACAGUAUUCGACAUUGAAAUUGUUGUCUUCGAUUUCCUCGAGUGUUUUGAUGAAACCUGUUUUCUCCUGAAAUUACCGACAGUAGCAUUGCGCUCAAUGUUUGAUCAUUUUUGCAGUUCUCUGUUUUUCGCGACUAUUUCUUGGUUUGUAACUUUUUGAAAAGAGAAGAACAGUCGAACACCUGCGUGUUUGCCAGAACGCAAAAGUGUGAAGUGACUCAAUCUUCUGUUCCGCCGCAACUUUAUCUUUUUCGUUUAUUGCUUUUCUCUCUGCUCUCGCAUCGUUUUAGUUGAAAGAACAUGAGAAUUCCUAUUUACACUCUAUAUAAAGUUCUUUCGCCGUGAGGAUGGUUUACAGAGUGGUGUAAGUAAAAGUCAGUGCUUGUACUUUCAUGAAAAUGCAACCUAUGGUAUCUUUCGUAGUAUGAAAAAGACACCAUGUUCAAUAUUUUCAACCAACCGUACAUAUGUUUUCUCCCAAAAUUCGCACUUUUGUGAUGCAUCGCUGCCUCAUCCACACAUUGCAUUCAAACUGUAGGACGUCUAGUUAUUUUUUCACGCACUACUGAAUCCUAUGAACUGUAUAUUUUGCAUAAAAAUGUCGAGUCUCCAAUUUUUGAUUUUUUCAUCUGCGAAAAUUCCUUCUUUUUUAAUUCUGACCCAAGGAGAAAUUUUUUUGCAUUAUCAUCGCAAUGAAACAUUGCAAACUCUUUUUCUUGUUCGAACAACGAUUUCAUAAGAUUUUGCAAAACAACUCGUAUCGAUGUGUUUUUUGUACUUUGUCUUCGAGCGACCAUUUCCGUUUUGUUUUUGUUGGAAAAAAAGCAGAAAGUUCAUUAGUAAGUUUAAAACAAUUGACGAAUUUCCAAUAAAAAUUUUUUAUUGCAGGCCAGAAUGUUCGUAGUUUUUAUUCACGUUUUUUAUUCACCAUAAAUAACAAAAAUAUACCCGUAGUUAUAGUACUUUGUUUGUUGCCUUCGCGUAUUUAUUGAUUCAUUUCGUGUUCGCGAAGAAGUUGAAAAUUUUCCCUCGCCGCAAAAAUUUUUUUUCGCUCUCCUAUCCUUUGCUUGAACUAGUUAUUUGAGGGGAGUAUUACGAACACGAAGUCCAUUAAAAAGACUUUUGGGUAACGUUCUAGAAUUUUUCAACUUCGAGUUUUGUUUUUUUUUUUACAAUAUCCAUACUUUCAAGUUCAUUUUACUCAUCUUUUAUAUAAAGGAGAAAUUAUUUGAAGUCUAAUUAUUAUCUUUAUUUUGAGAUGGCAUCCCACGGAGUUUCUCACGACGACGUUCUCGAGAAAGACUACUCGGCAACGCGACAACUUCUUGAUUCGCCGGUCGAAAAGGAAGCUCGCAAGAUCGUCGACGACGUCGUUGACAAUCUUCAUUGUGAGUUUUCGUACUGUUAAAUUACAAAAGGUCCAACUUUAAUAAUUUUCCCUAAUGUUUGAAAUAUUUCUUCCCAAUGAAAUUUUCUCAGACAACCUUGAAAAAGCGAGAGAAGCUCAAGAUGACGUCGCCCGCGACCGGCUCGAGCCUUAUCACGAACACGUCGUGCCGGUAAUUUCAUUCGAAAUCGUCAAUAUUUUGCGGUUUUUCAUGAUUUCAGACCCCUGAUUUGCACAAACAAACAGUCGAUGAUCAUUUCCCGUCUUCUCAGCGUGCUUACGGUCCGCUUUACCAUUAAUUUUCUUGUAGAAUUCAUUUUUCAAUCUAAAAUGGUGUUUGUGAGGAAUUUUUCUCGAAUUUCAGAAGACUUGAUGGAUAUCCGUGAUGACGUCGUCGAGCGGGCUGAUUCUCUCGACAUUCAUGGGGAUGUCAACGUGAGAUUUACAUGGAAACGAAAUUAUGGAAAAAUUAUAACUUCUCAAUAUUUUCAGCUAUAACUUCGUUUGGCUCUAGAAAUGCAAAUCAUCUCUAGGUACUUUGAAAUUCAAAAGCUCAAGUCCUUUGUAGGUCAUUCACCACUCGUUAGACCUAUUAAGUGUCUCUACCGUAAUUGUGAAGUAUUAUACGGAAAAAAAGUAGUUCGAAAUUCCUAUUUUUUCACAACUAUUUUCACAAAGGCGGCAGUUCUUGUUUAUCUGAGCAAACUUUUAGCUUUGAAGAUUGGUAAAACAAAACCAAAUUUUGUGAAUAGAGAAAAACGGCAAAGUAUCACUUUCUGAGAACUGAAAUUUGUGAAAUCAGCGUCGAGGUAUGUCCGAAUGUAUCAAAAAACGUUUUAGCGAACUUUCAAAGUUAGGAACAGAAUUCUCAAAUAUGAGACAAAUUUUUCACACCGAAUUUUUUUUUUGCAGCAAGUACAUGACGAAGUUGACAACUUGAUUCACAAGAUGCACCAGCCAGUCAUCUCCGAAACUCUCAUUGGUGCGUUUUAAUCAAUCGCUCUCUUUUAAUGGCGCUUUUAGACGAAGAUUCGAAGCCGGUGGAAGAGGACGAAGAUUUUGCGCAAGCGGAUUUCCGGACGCGGACCCCGGAGUCUGAGGAAACGACUUACGACCGUCGCGGACCUCUCACUAUUCCUGAGCAGCCUCUUAAGGAGGCCGAGGAGACCAAACCGCAGUCCCCACAUCAGUUCGUCUUUGAAUUUGAAAAGCUAGUCAAAUCUAUGACAGAAAUAACUAUAUGUAAAGGCAAUCGCGCUGGUAAAUGGACGCUAUACGGCUAAUAAGCAGUUUUUUUCACCUUUUUUCAAAAAAUGUAGAUAAAAACGCAGCGCUGAGAAACAAACUCUAAUAUUUGGAAGGACCUGAACAGUAUGAAGUAGCUGAAAUUGAAGACGGCAGAAAUAGAGAUAAAAAGCGAGAUAUAAUUUAAUUUAACUUGUUCAAGACUUUAUUGGAAAAAGCAAGUUAAAGUAUUGAAUAGACUCAGACUAUUCAUUUUUUUAUGCAGCGCAAAUUGGUCUUACCAUUUCUCAUAAAAACAGCUACUUUCUAAUUUAGCUUUAGUUUUAUUUGAUGAGUUUUCUUUUUAGCGGUUUUGAGACCGUUCCGCGGCCGCCGACGCCUCCGAAGGAACUCAGCGACGAGCCCGUUAAGCCUUCUGUUUUGGACCUCGGACCGGCUCCAGUUCAUUCAGCUCAUUCUGGCUCCAACCUGAAGCGUCAUGGAAAAGGAGAGCCUUGGUUCGACUUCAAGUCUGUCGAUUCUAGAAGUACGCUUUCGAUUUAUUGAGUUACUCCGGUGAAUAAUUAUUUAAAUCUCUUGAAGAUGUUUCAGUGCGAUCAAUGUUUGAAUUUGAAUAUUUUUCCAACUUUUCAGCUCCACUGUGACUUGUAGAAUUGUGUUUUCUCUACUGCAGGCGGUGUGAAAAAAUUCUGAGCAGAUUCAGCCGUGUUGUGCUGUAGAACUGGCUGGGUUCAUCGGAUUCCGAUAAGAAUUGAUCAGGGCGAUGUUACUUUUAUUGUGAAGCCAUUCGUCGCGACAGGAAUCGUUCGAACAGUGUGUAAAUUGUGUUGGCUCAGUCCAUUUUCAAGUUUCUAAAACUCUCUGAAAGAGUUUCAACUUGCGCUGGUUUCUGAAAAUACCUUACAAAUAAUAAGCUCUUCUUCGACCUCAGCUGGAAUCUGGUCUUCGGGUUUCUCAAGCUUAUCUUCUUCCUUGACUUCAACUAGGGCAGUGAUCUGGGGCGUUUCUCGAGCUUCAAGAAGUUUAUUUUGACCCACAGUCAUUUGUCGACGUUUUUAUAACCAUUUUUCGUUUUACCGAAGUUGCAUUUCUCAUGCCAACGAGCCCUGCGGCAAUUUGCAUUUAGUUGGACCCAUCCGUCGCCAGAACAAUGUCGCCGCGUUGCAACCACAACAACAAGAGCGUCGCCAAUUUCGGGGCCGUUUUGGCUGGAUGCCAACCCGAGUAG